AUGUGCGAUUUGCAUCGUUUUGUUAAGGUAAAGGCUUAUCCCAACAGAGAUAUCACCAAUAUUGUGGAGUCAUCACACUAUCAGAAAAUUGGCGGCUGGUGUCGUCAGGGAGCUUUGAAUGCCAACAAGUGCAAGGGAGCCCAUCGUUGGAUUAAGCCAUUCCGUUGCUUGGAAGGACCCUUCCAAUCGGAUGCGUUAUUGGUACCCGAAGGUUGCCUCUUCGAUCACAUUCACAAUGCCUCACGCUGCUGGCCUUUCGUUAGGUGGAAUCAAACCGGUGCUGCCGCCUGUCAAGAACGUGGCAUGCAAAUGCGCAGCUUUGCCAUGUUGCUACCCUGUGGCAUCUCCCUGUUUUCGGGUGUUGAAUUUGUGUGCUGUCCCAAACAUUUCAAAACUGACGAAAUCCGUGUAAAGAAAACCGAUUUACCCGUCAUGCCACCUGUCGAAAUGCCCAAUGCCAUGAAUGAUGACUUGGAUGACAUUAGCAGCGAUGAUAAUGAUUCCAACUAUUCCAAGGAUACCGCCGAUGAUAUUGAGGAUGAAGACGAUGAGGAUGAUUUGUUGGCCGAUGAUGAAGAAGAUGAAAUGGCUGCCGAUGAUGCUACUGCCACUGGUGAUGAUAUCAAUGCUGAAUACGAUUCGGGUGAGGAUAACUAUGAGGAGGAUCCCGUUGACUCCACCUACGAUCAACAACAAGGUAGCUCAAGUGGUGCCAAACCAUCGAACAAACCAACAAAUUCGAAGGAUUUGGAGAAAUCUGGUGGAUCGAUGUUAGAUGGCAAGACCAACGGCAACGGAAACAACAAUGGCGAUUUACCAAUGCCACCCACAACCGGUCAACCCACACCCGAUCCCUACUUCACUCACUUCGAUCCACACUAUGAACACCAGAGCUACAAAGAAGCCCAACAGCGCCUCGAGGAAUCGCACCGUGAAAAGGUCACCCGUGUCAUGAAGGACUGGUCGGAUUUGGAAGAGAAAUAUCAGGAUAUGCGUUUGGCCGAUCCCAAGGCUGCCCAGAGUUUCAAGCAACGUAUGACAGCCCGUUUCCAGACUUCUGUUCAGGCACUCGAAGAAGAAGGCAAUGCUGAGAAACAUCAAUUGGCGGCCAUGCACCAGCAACGUGUUCUCGCUCACAUCAAUCAGCGUAAACGUGAAGCCAUGACCUGCUAUACACAGGCCUUGACUGAGCAACCACCAAAUGCUCACCACGUUGAGAAAUGCUUGCAGAAACUUUUGCGUGCUCUCCACAAGGAUCGUGCCCAUGCCUUGGCCCACUACCGCCACUUGUUGAACUCUGGUGGCGCCGGCGGUUUAGAAGCUGCUGCCUCUGAAAGACCACGUACCUUGGAACGUCUCAUCGAUAUCGAUCGUGCCGUCAACCAAUCCAUGACCAUGCUCAAGCGUUACCCCGAAUUGUCCAACAAAAUCUCUCAAUUGAUGAACGAUUACAUUUUGGCUUUGCGCAGCAAAGAUGACAUUCCCGGCUCCUCUUUGGGCAUGAGCGAAGAAGCUGAAGCUGCCAUUUUGGAUAAAUAUCGCAUUGAAAUCGAACGUAAGGUAGCCGAAAAGGAACGUCUACGUUUGGCCGAGAAACAACGCAAGGAACAGAGAGCCGCCGAACGUGAGAAGUUGCGUGAAGAGAAAUUGCGCUUGGAAGCCAAAAAGGUCGAUGAUAUGGUUAAGGCUGAACAGGAUUCGCAGGCAUUCACCAGUGAAGAGUCGAAGACUAGCAAAGAUGAGACCAUGGUCGAUCCCACAAAAAUGGCUCAAAGUGACAAGGAUUCAGCAGCCGAAGAAUAUGUUGAAGCCACACUCAGCACCAAAACCCAAACCAUCCAGCCCACCGUGGAUAAUGACGCCAUUCAGCGUACUGUCGAAGAGGUUGCUGCUGCCGUUGCCCAUCAGGAAGCUGAAGCACCCGCCCAGCAUUUCAUGACACACGAUUUGGGCCAUCGCGAAUCGAGCUUCUCUCUGCGCAGAGACUUCUCUCAUGUAUCAUCUGCGCACGCGAAUAAGGAGGGACGUAAUGUCUACUUCACUUUGUCCUUUGCUGGCAUUGCUCUUAUGGCUGCCAUCUUUGUGGGCAUUGCUGUUGCCAAAUGGAGAACAGCACGUUCACCACAUGCGCAAGGUUUUAUUGAAGUUGAUCAGAAUGCCGCCGCCCAUCAUCCUGUGGUCCCCGAAGAGAAAAUCGUGCCGAGUAUGCAAAUCAAUGGCUACGAAAAUCCCACUUACAAAUAUUUUGAAGUAAAAGAGUAAACAACAUCUGCAGAAAUUUAUGAACACAAAAAACAGUAACACUUAAUUACUUAUAAAUUAAAACCACAACAACAACAACAAAUUAUUCAGAUGAAUAUUUAACAAAACAAAUUAAAAAAAAAAUCCCAAGAAAUUUUUAUGAAAACAA